AUGGCUCGGGCGAAGCGUCGUGUUGAAGACGGCAUAUUUAUGCUUUCUCACUUUCCUUAUAUGGUGCGCGCGUGGUCAGAGCCCUUGCGCGCGUGCGUGACGUCAUGGCCGCUGGUGACGUGAUAAUGCAAAUUAGAAUAGAAAUCAAAGAGACCCAAGCUAGCUUGCAAGCUACAGAUCUGCGAUGAUCUGGAUAAUUGUAAGCGUAAUUUUGGGGACUUUAUUGGGUAUACUAGACCAUGUAUACCCAAAUCUACAAACACUAUAUUUACCAAAAAUGUUAGCGGCAGAGUCGCGCAAUGUAAUUCUUGGAAUUACAGAUUUUUCAGAACCAAGCUCUCUCAUCGAGUUUCGGGACAGAAGAAUUGGAUACGCUCGGGAGCCUACACUCCCAGGUGAUGUAUAUAGAUGUAAUAUAACAGAGUUUCGGGACAGAGGGAUUGGAUACGAACGGCAGCCUUCCCUUCCCUUUUACGUGUAUAAGAACACAACCUACACGCCAGUCGGGCUGGUUCCGAAGGUAACCGCCCUAGCUGUAAUCCCACCUGCACCGGAAGUAGUACCGCUAUGGUGCAAUCCUUUUUUCGUGUCGUUUGUCGUCAUGGCGACCAUGGUCACGGUAGCUGUUUUAGCAGUCAACUGGGACAGCGGAGACCAAACUGAUGACGAUAAAGAAGACGAGAACAAGAUGUCUUCCGACUUGAGGAUCUGCCUGAUGAAGGAACAAGGCGCGCCUUCAGCAACGUUCCACCCCCUGGCGAGUUGCGCCGAAAAUGAUCUGUGCAGUAAACAGACCCAAGACUUAGACAAAAGGGUAAAACUCGAAGAAAAGGAAGUUCAAGCAUUAGUUCCUCCUCGUGCGCGGUGUGAGUCCAGAUCACCUCCUGUCAUGGGCACCAAGUCCAUCGCGAAAAUGGCUUCAGUGUCAUAUGAAGAUGCGUCGCCAAUCAAACACGCGGUUAUCCUUUCUAACGCUCUGAGUGCUUGGCGGUCAAUUCCAAUCGUCUUGGACGCUCUUUUUCCAGGCACUGUAGCACCAAACCGCUGUAGAUCAACCAGCGCUGCUUCGAUUACCAGUGACUUGACGAUCCUCACAGCACCACCAUCCGGGAGCUCCAGAAUAUUAUUACCCGCAGGGCAACAAGAGCCUUUGCUACCAAGGGUUAAUGAAGAGGAAGCACUAACUGUCAGUAAACAGCUAGCAGCCAAAUCACUUGCAUCAGUGAAGGGCACAGAACCAACUCAGCCCAUGGGGAAGAAGAGACAAUUUAAGCCCGAGUACACCAUGGGCUUGCUAGCAGUACUGGCUAGAGUAGUAAGCCGUGUUAACCGCCUGACGUCGUCCAACAGCAGCACCAUUGAUGGAAAUCGACUACUACCAAUGAAGACCGCUGCACUCGGUUUCGCUGAAUUUGGCACUGCCUUGUCGCCUGUUCUGAUGUUCAAUAUCAGAAGAAAAGACCAUGAUGAGAACUCUUUAGACACCGCCCUUCAUGAAUCAACUUUACAGAUGUCCAAAACUGUUUCGGUUGCUAUGUCGACAGCACACGUGAACAUCUUAGCCAACAGCCGCACUGCCACUGUUGCAUCCUUUAAGAACGUGGAGACGGAGUUACAGCAAAAGGAUGCUUCCAGUGACAAUUAUAACAAAAGUAUCAGCAGCAGUAGGGAUAUCGGUGGUCACAUGUUGAGGACCGUGAGUCGUCCAUUGUCGGCGCCAAUGCCAAGACGCUCUACAUCUAUCAGUGACCUUGCACGUGAUUUGCCGAACCCGAGGCAAGCUGCUCACUCAGUAUCACUCCCAGACCUGACCAUGGUGCAAACUCCAGCUCGGUUUUCUAAUGAUGAACAAGCAAAACCAUCUAAGCUGCGACUUGAUGCACCAAAACCUCAAUCGGCGCUGGUGACGUCGACAAAAACCAAGGCAGUAGAGCCACAGUCAGUGAUGGCUUCCAAGCCUUCUUCUGCUUCUGCUUCCCCCAGCAACACCUACAGAACCCAAAACACUGAUCAGGUUAAGUCUGGCUCGUCUAUCCAUGCUCCCACAAGCAAUGAAGACAUAAUCAAGGCAAUGUCUUCUUCUGCUACUUCUCCCAAGACCACUGAGCGCUUUGCUUCCAAACCUGAGGUGAAGGACGCGUGUGCAACUGAAAGUCCUUCACUUCUAACCGCAUAUGACAUCCAAGAAAAAAUAAACAGCCUCUCAAUACAUGCCAAAGAGACACGAACUCAGAAGAGGAGGAGACGUCGAGAAAAGGCUAAGCUAUAUGCCAGCUUGCGAGCUCUGUCGAAUGACACAACGCCAGCCCACGACAGCAAGGCUGAUAAAACGAAGACUAGCGUCACUGAGAUUGAUGAGGAUGUUACUACCACUGUUGCAUCCUUUAAGAACGUGAAGACGAAGUUACAGCAAAAGGAUGCCUCAAGUGGCAAUGAUAACGAAAGUGUCAAUAGUAUUAGGGAUAUCAUUGGUCACAUGUUGAGGAUCGUGAGUCAUCCAUCGUCGGCGCCAAUGCCAAGACGCUCUACAUCUAUCAGUGACCUUGCACGUGAUUUGCCGACCCCGAAGCAAGCUGCUCACUCAGUAUCACCCCCAGACCUAACCAUGGUGCAAACUCCAGCUCGGUUUUCUAAUGGUGAACAAGCAAAACCAUCUAAGCUGCGACUUGAUGCAACAAAACCUCAAUCGGCGCUGGUGACGUCGACAAAAACCAAGGCAGUAGAGCCACAGUCAGUGAUGGCUUCCAAGCCUUCUUCUGCUUCUGCUUCCCCCAGCAACACCUACAGAACCCACAACACUGAUCAGGUUAAGUCUGGCUCGUCUAUCCAUGCUCCCACAAGCAAUAAAGACAGAAUCAGGGCAGUGUCUUCUUCUGCUAUGGCUCCAAAAACAUCUGAGCGUUUUACUACCAAGCUUGGUUCGUCUAUCGAUGCUCCCACAGGCAAGAAAGACAGAAUCAAGGCAGUGUCUUCUUCUGUUACAGCUUCCAAGACAUCCGAGCAUUUUGCUACCAAGCCUGGUUCGUCUAUCGAUGCUCCUACAGGCAAGAAAGACAGAAUCAAGGCAGUUUCUUCUUCUGCUACUACUUCUAAGACCACUGGGCGCUUGGCUCCGUCGGGUUUGUCUUUACAUGCUCUUCCAAGAAACAUAGACAGAACAAGUCCUAGUAAAUCAAUCUCUUCGAAGCGUUCAAGCGACUCAGGCCCUUCAGCAUACACGCUAAGGGUGAUAAGGGAGAACCUCAGGACCAGCAGCCUUUCAGUGACGCCCCCAGAAAGGAGCCUUCAGACGCCUGUACCACCGAAACCAACUAAAGCACAAAAAAGAAAAGCACGCAGGGUGAAGCUGGAGAUGUACCUUAGCAUGAGCUUGAAUACUCAAGGGGUUCAUAGAAGAGGGUCAUCUAAUACACCAAGUGCUGCUAAACGCCCAAUCAAAAUGACUGAAGAUGCAUUCCCGACGAAGGGAACAAGUGGCGGGCGUCAGAAAGCCACGGUUAUUGGUAGAGCAGAUGCAUCGAAGUGUCCCACUGGCUAG